UUGACCCACUCUUUCGUUUCAUUCCUGACCUUACAAAAAUGGCGGCGGUUGUUUGGUUGCUAAGACGCUCUGUCGUGUAAUCAAGAUGGCGAAAAAUACGUGAAUGUAUUACGUGUAAGCUGUUGCUGCCUUGUUGCAUCCUCAACAAUUAUGUUACAUUGUUUCGAUUUAAGUGUUCUUAGUAUAGAUAGUUGAUUGGAACCAUGACCGACAUACAGGAUGAAGAAACAGCCCUGGCCUCAAUUCUGUAUUAUUGCCAGGAAAAGUAUUCAAAUAAUGUCAUUGGAGUUGCAAGUGAAGCUCAGACGAAAUUUAGCGGCAAUCCUAUAUUUGCAUUUUUCCAUGCCUAUGGUAUUCUUCUGCAAGACCAAGUCCAAGAUGCCAUUCAGGAAUUUGAGCAAAUAAGUGACAAACGUGAUGUAUCUCUCUGCUCCGUCAUGGCACUUGUGUAUGCUCACAAGAAGAAACCGAAUCCAGAUCAAGAUGUUAUCCAGGAGUUCGACGCAAGAGUUAAGGAGGAUCGCAAGAGUGCAAGCCCUAAGGCUUUGUACAAUGCAGCGAUGUUCCUCUGGCUUUUGGGUCGGAACGAUAAAGCAAGGGAAUACAUUGAUAGAAUGAUAAAGAUCUCCAAUGGUUCUAAAGAGGGAAUUAUCCUGAAAGGAUGGAUAGACCUCACAUCUGAUAAGGACGCUUAUGCCAAGAAGUCUGGGAAGUACUUCGAUGAGGGCUUGAAAGAGAAUGGCAGUAUUCUGGCUCUGAUGGGAAAGGUUCAGUACUAUGAGUUUCGCCAAAACUACUCAGGAGCCUUAGAGAUGGUCAGCCACGUCAUUGUUAGUUUCCCUGGCUUCCUUCCAGCUUUUGUGAAGAAGAUGCAGCUGUUUCUGACCUUGCAGAAUUGGGAGCAGACUAUUGAUGAAGCUCAGAGGCUUUUGCAAAGAGACAAAGACAACCUGGAGGCCCUGAGAAUGCUGGCACUUCAUUCCCUGUGCAGAGAGGGAGACAUCAGUGAGACAGUCAAUCACCUCUCAAACCUUGUCCAUAACCUGAACAUCCAGGAGCCUCACAACCCAGAGCUUUAUUACAGGAUGUCUCUUGCCUUCACCCGACUGUGUGGAAGAGCUGAGCCGAUCCUCCAGCAGACAAACUCCAUGGUGGAGCGGGCCUUCGCCCAUGCACCCAGGGACUCCGACCUUGCUACGGAGAUGGGCUAUCAGCAAGUCCUGCAGGGUCGCAUAAAGGAGGCCAUGAAGUGGUACAAGACGGCCAUGACGCUGGAUGAGACCAGUGUGUCAGCUUUGAUGGGUAUUAUUAGGUGUCAGCUCCUGGAGGGCCAUCUGGAUGACGCCGAGCAGCAGCUGGAGUUCCUCACUGAGAUCCAGCAGUCCAUUGGCAAAUCAGGGGAGCUAUUGUAUCUGCGUGCAGUGCUGGCCGUGAAGCGCCGGAAGCCCCAGGACGAGGUGACCAACCUGCUGAACGAUGCGGUGGAUACCCACUUCUCCACCCUGCAGGGGCUGCCGCUCGGAGUGGAGUACUUCCAGCGCCUCAACCCCGACCUGCUCCUGGAGAUUGCUGUCGAGUACCUGGCACUCUGUCCUGCUAAGCCUCCAGCCCAGGGGCAGCCUCCAGCUCCACAGCUUCAGCACUGUGCUUCCGUCCUUGACACGGUGGUAAAGAUCGUCCCUGGCCUCCUCCAGGCCAUAUAUCUCAUGGCCAAGGUCAGGUUUCUGUCAGGUGACAUUGAGGCGGCUCAGAGCAGUCUUCAGCACUGUCUGGAGCUCAGUCCUUCCCACGCCGAGGCCCAUCUCCUCAUGGCCCAGAUCCACCUCCUGCAUGGCAGCUUCAAGCUCUCCUCCCAGUCUCUGGAGCUCUGCCUCAGCCACAACUUUGAGAUCCGCGAGCACCCGAUGUACCACCUGAUCAAGGCCCAGGCACAGAGGAAGCAAGGAGAGCUGCAGGAGGCCAUUAAGACCCUGCAGAUGGCCAUGAGUCUGCCCGGUGUGCGGCGGGUGGGCUCCCACAAGGGCAAGGGCAGGAAGGUGGAGCUGGGCACGGCCGACUGCGUCUCCAUCUUCCUGGAGCUGGCCGAGGCCCUCUGGAUGAACGGGGAGCAGCACGAGGCUGCCAAAGUGAUGCAGGACACCAUCAACGAGUUCACAGGCACCCCAGAGGAGCUGAGAGUCACCAUCGCCAAUGCCGACCUGGCACUGCUGCGCGGCGACACGGAGCUGGCACUGAGCAUGCUCAGAAACAUCACACCCGAGCAGCCCUACUACAUCCAGGCCAAGGAGAAAAUGGCAGACAUCUAUCUGAACCACAGAAAAGAGAAACGUCUAUACGUCAGCUGCUACAGAGAAUUGGUGGAGAAAAUGCCCAGCCCCCAUACAUAUCUUUUACUGGGUGAUGCCUAUAUGGACAUCCAAGAGCCAGAGAAGGCCAUAGAGGUGUACGAGCUGGCUCUGAAAAAGAACCCCAAAGACGGUGCUCUGGCCAGCAAGAUUGGGAAAGCUCUUGUCAAGACUCACAAUUAUGCAAAGGCAAUAAACUAUUACGAGGCGGCCCUGCGGAGUGGGCAGCAGAACUUCCUGCGCUACGACCUGGCAGAGCUCCUGCUGAAGCUGAGGCAGUAUGAGCGCUGUGAGAAAGUCCUGCAUGAGGCCCUCACUCAUGAUGCUGUAAAUGAGCUGUCAGCGCUCUCAGAGGAUUGCCGGUAUCUGGUGUUGCUGGCCAAGGUCCAGAGCAAGGUUGCCAAAAAUAAUGAAGCCAUUCUGUCCCUCCAAAGGGCUCGAGACGUCCAGGCCAAAGUGCUGAAGCGGGUGCAGCUGGAGCAGCCGGAUGCCGUGCCCCUGCAGAAGCAGCUCGCCGCGGAGAUCUGCGCCGAAAUCGGCAAGCACUACUCCAGCCAGAGGGGCUACGAGCGAGCUGUCAAGUUCUACAAAGAGGCCCUUGUUUAUUGUGAGAGCGAUAGCAAGGUGAUGCUGGAGCUGGCUCGCUUGUACCUGACUCUGGAUGAUAUGGAGUCCUGUCAGCAGCAAUGCAGUGUGUUACUGAAGAGCGACCAAGUCAAUGAAUCUGCCACUCUGAUGAUGGCAGACCUGAUGUUCAGGAAGCAGGACUACGACCAGGCCAUUUUUCACUUUCAGCAGCUUCUAGAGCGCAAACCUGACAACUACCCGACACUGUCACGUCUGAUCGACCUGCUGAGACGAGCAGGGAAGCUGGACGAAGUUCCCCGCUUUCUGGACAUGGCUGAGAAGCAUUCCCCCAGGGCCAAGUUUGACUCUGGGUUUAACUACUGUAAAGGACUUUACCUGUGGUAUACAGGUGAACCCAAUGAUGGGCUACGACACUUCAACAAGGCAAGAAAGGACAAUGAAUGGGGUCAGAACGCAGUGUACAACAUGAUCGAGAUCUGCUUGAACCCUGACAAUGAAACUGUCGGUGGAGAGGUGUUUGAGAACCUUGAUGGUGACAUUGGGAACUCCACCGAGAAGCAAGAGUCGGAGCAGCUGGCGGUGCGGACUGCCGAGAAGCUGCUGAAGGAGCUCAGGCCACAGACGGCCGAGGGCCACAUCCAGCUGCGCAUCCUGGAACACUACUGCUUCCUGGCCACCAAGCAGACUGCCAACGUGGAGCGGGCCCUGAGUGUGUUCACGGAGAUCGCAAAUAAUGAGAAAGAUCAUGUCCCUGCGUUGUUGGCCAUGGCGACGGCCUACAUGAUCCUCAAGCAGACCCCGCGAGCCCGUAACCAGCUGAAACGCAUUGCCAAGAUGAACUGGAACAUUGUUGAUGCUGAUGAGUUUGAGAAGAGUUGGCUCUUGCUGGCUGAUAUUUACAUCCAAUCAGGCAAAUAUGACAUGGCAGGAGAGCUGUUGAAAAGAUGCUUACGUCAUAAUAAGUCCUGUUGCAAGGCAUAUGAAUACAUGGGGUACAUCAUGGAGAAAGAGAAAGCCUUUAGAGAUGCUGCCUUGAAUUAUGAAAUGGCGUGGAAGUACGGCAAUCAGACCAACCCAACAAUUGGUUACAAACUUGCAUUCAACUACCUCAAAGCAAAGAGAUAUGUGGAUGCAAUAGAUGUGUGUCAUAAAGUCUUAGAUGCCCAUCCAAAUUAUCCAAAGAUAAGGAAGGACAUCUUGGACAAAGCACGAGCUUCUCUAAGAUCAUAAGAGCAUGAUUUAUCUUUGUGUGUGUGUGUGUGUGUGUGUGUGAGAGAGAGAGAGAGAGAGAAGGGGUGUGUGUAGGGGGAAGUGUACAUCUGUAUUUGGAUGCCCUUAUGUUUGAAAAACCUGCUGAGAAUGACCACCUGUUUUGUAUUACUGAUCGUGCAAUUGGUGACACAAUCGUGAUUUAAUGGAUGCAGUGCAUUUCAUCAUUAAAAUGAUGUUGAAAAUUUCAAAUAGUCUUGCAUUUUGUAAGACAUUACUUAUACCAACACAUAUGGUCACUUUCCAGAUCUAUAUCUACUGGGGGAAAAGUAUAAGAGUGAAGCUAGAAAUUCCUCUAAUAAAUGUAUCUACAGAGAACCGUCAGUUUAAAUAAAUGUUUGUAUGAAAA